AUCUUCCCCCACAUCUCUCUCUCUCUCAGUUUUCUCUCUCCGCGCUCCUCGAAAGAAGCAUGAAACCUUCAUGUCCUGUCCAAGACAGAACCCACAAAAAGGACACCAGACACCACAAUCAUGGUGGCGGUAAUGGUGGCGGCUCUGCCGCCUCCGCCGCCGCCGCCGCCGCCGCCGCCGCGGCUCCUCCAGCGCUCCCUCCCUUCCUCUUCUUCGCCCUCCUCCUCGCCACCCUCUUCACCCUCUUCAUGCUCUUCUCUCCCUCCCCUCUCACGAUCAAGCGCGACCUCCAGCAAGACGGUUCCUCCGCCUCCGCCUCCAUCAGACCUCAACAGGAUUGUGACUUGUACAGGGGACACUGGGUUCCGGAUUUCAGAGCCUCGUCGUACACGAAUUCGAGCUGCGCGACGAUUCCGGACUCCAAGAACUGCUUCCGGCACGGCAGGAAAGACACGGACUUCCUGAAUUGGAGAUGGAAGCCCGACGGGUGCGAGCUCCCGAGGUUCGACCCCCGGGCGUUCCUGGGUAUGGUGCGCGGGAAGACCCUCGCCUUCGUCGGCGACUCCGUCGCCAGGAACCACAUGGAGUCCCUGCUCUGCCUCUUGUCUCAGGAGGAAACGCCAGUCGACGUCUUCAAGGACUCGGAGGACCGGUUCCGGACGUGGUAUUUCCGCAGGCACGAGUUCACGCUCAAGAUCCUGUGGUCCAAGUUCCUCGUGAUGGCCAAGGAGGAGGUGAUCAACGGCUCGUCGACAGGGACAUUCUCCCUGAACCUCAACGAGGUGGACGGCGAGUGGGCACGGGAGGUCCCCACCGUGGACAUCGCUGUGGUCUCCUCGGCGCACUGGUUCUUCCGGAAGCUCUACCUCUAUGAGCAGAAGAGCCUGGUGGGCUGCGUCUACUGCAACGAGCCGAACGUCACUUCCUACGGGCCUGAGCAUGCGGUACGCAUGUCAUUCCGCGCCGCGCUCGACCACAUCAACGGGUGCAGUCAGAGGACGACGACGUUGCUGAGGACGUUCUCGCCGGCGCACUUCGAGAACGGGACGUGGGACACGGGUGGGGCGUGCGCCCGGACGGGGCCCUACGAGGAGGGCGAGAUCGACCUGGGGGGAUCCGAGUGGGGGUUCAGGAAGGUGCAGAUGGAGGAGAUGGAGAGGGCAAAGGUGGUGGGGAGGGAGAGAGGGAAGAGGUUCGGGGCGGUGGACGUGACACAGGCGAUGCUGAUGCGGCCGGACGGGCACCCGGGGGAGCACUGGGGGAACAAGUGGAUGAGAGGGUACAACGACUGCGUGCACUGGUGCUUGCCUGGCCCGAUUGAUGUUUGGAAUGACUUCCUGAUGGCUGCUUUGAGGCUUGAAGGGGGGAUGAAUUCUUGAUUUUUACUUGAGGAAAUAUGAUAUAUUUAUAUAUAUAUAUAUAUAUAUAUAUAUAUAUAGAGAGAGAGAGAGAGAGAGAGAGAGAGAGAGAGCCAAAUUGAGAGAGAAAUAAUACUUGUUCAUGGUGUUUCUUUUUUCUUUUCUUGCAUUGGUGAUGUAGUUAGAUAUGUACUCCAUUCUUUGCAUGGGCUUUGUGGCCCCAGUAAUUAGUAAUAAGCUUGUAUAGUU